GCGUUAAAGCUGAUGUUUUAAGACAUCAUUAAAACAACUAUUUGGGAGGGGAUACAACAUAUCCAAUUUCUAAGUUAUUUACCAACGCAAACGUUGCAAACUACCGGGGGCGUGGAACCUGUUCUUGGAUCCGGGUUGCACCCGAGAAGGAGAGACGUUACUACUGAAUCUCCGUUUUGGUGGGAAGCUCGUACUUUUUUCGACAGCUACGCCCAAACAGGGGGGAAAACACACUUUUUAGCAGCCUCCACAUACAUCCUAUCGGAUUUGAAUGAGAAAAAUGUAGUACGUGUUUUCUUCUAGGGCGAAAAACAGCCAAAACGCUGCCCCAUUUUAAUGCCUUAUCCCGCAUCGACACACUCCUUCUAUGUACAGGACUGAUUACCACAAUAUGUUUAAAAGGCCUUCGCUUUGAGUCAACGACUGCUCAGGGAUCAUACGGCGUGUCUGUAAGGGUUGGUAGCAAAAGACGCCUUUUCGUGAAUGCGGGUCUUUGUUCGUGUUUUCUUUGUUACCGGUUCACCGAAAUCAUUACGGCGGUGUAGCAUCAACUCGCUACAGUAGGCUACUGCGAUUUUCCUCGCUGUGUGGCCAUGCGAGGAAUUUGGCUAUUUGUAGAGGAAUUCUUCGCUUUCUCUUGGCAUUAGCUCUGCAGUGGAUUCAUGGCCAACAGUAACAACAUGCUCCUGGCCUCUGCUGUGGUGGUUUGGGAAUGGCUGAACGAACACGGUCGGUGGCGGCCAUACAGCCCGGCCGUCUCCCAUCAAAUAGAGGCGGCCAUUCGGAGUGGAGAUAUCCGUGGGGGGAGUGUGGUCCUCGGCCAGGUGGAGAGUCGCCUCUCUCCGUACAUCAUUGAUCUCCAAUCCAUGCACCAGUUCAGACAAGAUACAGGAACUAUCCGUCCAGUGAGGAGGAGUUUUUAUGACCCGGCCUCAGCCCCAGGACAAGGCUGGCAGUGGGAGUGGGAAAAUGAUGCAGGUUCUUGGACACCGUAUGACAUUGAGGUGGGGAUAGCCAUCGACAACGCUCAUAGCCGCCAGCAGCCCUGCCUUGACCUGACGACCCUCGGCUUCUGCUACCUCAUUGAUUUUCAGAACAUGACACAGGUCAAUAGACAGAGCCAAAGGUGCCGAAGGAUUCAGCGACGUGCUGACACGCCCUAUCCACUGGUGUCUGGGCCCCUUCCAUUGCCGAAAGGAGGAAGUGGAGGUGUAGGAGGGGGAUUGACAGGUGCCCUGCUAGGUGUUGGGGUAUCAGGGGCCAGCAUGGGAACUGGAAGCUCUGUCUACCCGAAUGGGGCCAUAAUGACGACUGGACUGGGCCAACCUUGCUCCUGCCAGCAGUGCAUGCUUGUCUUUAGUGUCAAAACCAACACUGGAGGAGCAGGACGCUCACUAACCAUACAGCGGCCCAAGGCUUCAGCGCUCGCUGCCUCAAAACCCUUGAAUCCACCCAAAUCAGCCACACUGGGGCGUGGGCAGCACUUCAAGUCCAAUGGCAACACCUAUCAAACGCUACCACAUGGCCUCGCCAUCUCUAAAAACACCGCAUCUCCAAGAAGGAACGCCCAGCUCUUUGCUCAGUCUCUAGCUGUGCUCACAACAGGGACUUCCAUGCUCGGUAUUUCCUCAUCUUCCAGGCCUCCUCCUCCGUCACUGCCGCCCCCUCAGCCACCAUCGUCCAAUAUGACUGCGAAUCCUCCGCCCGUUCCAGCCAAACAGUCUUCAUCUUCAGCCAACGAAUCGGUGCCAACCGCCACAUUAAUUACCCCGGCUAACGCGGUGACCACACCCCCGUCCCCCGUGCCGUCUCCGUCUCCAGCAGUAAUGAAGCCACAACGUGCGCCAUCGUCCGCAUCCAAAGUUUGCCAUGCCCCUCUACCGCAGAGAUCAAGCUUAGCCGGACUGAGUAGACCGGCGUUGCAAAGGAUCGCCAUGGCCCAGUCGAGAGCACUAAUUGCGUCGGGUGUUCCUACUGUGCCCGUGAAGAAUCUCAACGGAUCGAGCCCUGUUCACCCUGCGCUGGCAGGGAUCACCGGCAUUCUGAUGAGUGCUGCUGCUCUGCCCGUGUGUCUCACAAGACCUCCGAAACUUGUACUACACCCUCCGCCUGUCAGCAAGAGUGACAUCAAACCAGUGCCAGGCUUUGGCCACUGCUGCAGAAAGACGACCAAGAAGCAGGCUCGUAAAGGUAAGACUCCAGAAGAUGUGGUUAAGAAGUACCUGCAAAAAGUCAAGAGUCCACCAGAUGAGGAUUGUACCAUAUGUAUGGAGCCUUUAGGGGGUCCUUCUGGAUACAAAGGUCCAGGGGUGGGACCUGUUUCCAGAGCAGAAUCUGUUGGACGACUCGCGCAAUGUGGACACCUGUAUCAUUUCCAGUGUCUGGUGGCCAUGUAUAAUAAUGGCAACAAGGAUGGCAGCCUUCAGUGUCCCACCUGUAAAACCAUCUAUGGUGUAAAGACUGGAAACCAACCAGCAGGGAAGAUGGAGUACCACAUCAUCCCUCACUCACUACCGGGGCAUCCCGACUGCAAAAGCAUCCGCAUAAUCUAUAACAUCCCACCAGGCAUCCAGGGUCCAGAGCAUCCAAAUCCAGGGAAGCCCUUCACAGCCAGAGGCUUCCCAAGACACUGCUACCUCCCAGACAGUGACAAGGGACGCAAGGUAUUGAGACUGCUCCUGGUGGCAUGGGACCGCAGGUUGAUCUUUUCAGUUGGGACUUCAAGCACUACAGGAGAAUCUGACACGGUUAUAUGGAACGAGGUCCACCACAAAACAGAGUUUGGCUCUAACCUGACAGGUCAUGGUUUUCCUGACCCUGGACACCUGGACAAUGUUCUGGACGAGCUCCGCGCCCAGGGCAUCACAGAAGAUGACGGAUUGACAGAAAAGUGAUCAGUUGUGCAACCCGUGAUGAUAUCGAUGAGACACUUUUUUGAGGGAAGUGAAAUAGACAAGAGGAAUGGAAAAAGGAAAAUAUGUCACUCUGGCACUAUUUAAAAGGGGUGCAGCAAACAUUUGGAGCAUUUUUUGUUAAAAAAAAAGACUGAAGAAAAAAAAUAUUGUUUCUGGUAUUUUUCCUGUCAUCGUCAUUCCAAUACUGGAUGGAUAAAUCCUCAUUCGAGGAAUGAGUAGAUGGCGGAAGAAGGUGUUAUUUGCUACUCAGGAUCUACAUUAGGUACGAACAAUCUACAAGUGCAUUGAAAUGGUACUAAUAACAAGGAACAAAAACAAGUUUUACUUUACUGAGUGCAGUAGUAGAAGAUGGUAUGUUUGAACAGGGA